CUGAUAGGUUCUCUAUCACUCUCACAGACACUGGAAUGGAUUUGCCCUGAGCUGACUGCCCACUACAGCGUAAGUUAAUCAGUGACAGGAUGCCCAUCCUCAAGAGGCUGCCCAGGAGGAUCAAAAGUAACCACAGCAAUGGUGACCUCCAAAAGAGUAAUCUUACUAAUGGUGAACUCAUCCUAAAGAGUAACCACAGCAACGGGGAACUCAUUCUACCACCAUCCGAUCUGAAUCCAUUUGAGGGGGCGUGGGCAGGCAUGGGGUGGAAUAAUGAAGAAGGUAGGGUCUGGGAGAAUGGACAAGACUACCAGAGAUCAUCUCAGGUGAGCGAAGCACUGGAGAAUGAGGCAAACGCAGAGCAGCGUGGAGGGUCAAAGGUCACUGAGGGAUCUAAAGAAAAGAGAGGAACUCUGGAACGAAUCUGUGGCUCGUCACCACUGAAGACCCUUGGCAAAUUAGGCAAGGGCCUGCGUAUGACCGGAAGAAACGUGUGGGGCGCCACUCCUUCACUACGGAGUGCCACUCUACCGGCAGCACCCGCCUCAGGAAAGAAAAAAAAGAACUAUCGACGAGCCUCAGAGGAGAUCAUGACUUUACUGAGGUUGGCAGGCCGUCGUAAGGAGUGUGAGCGCAGAGAUAGUCUACCUACAGGUGAUCUGACCACUGAAAAUGAAGAAGACAGUCGCAGACAUCCCUCAUUCCUACGAAUGGUCAGUCUGAGCAAACUCAGAGGGGACUCGCUAACAAACCGCAGUUCGCAGGAAGACGAUGAAGAGUCAGUAGAAGAAGAACCACCGGUCAAACGCAGGGAGCCACUAUCAGUGUUGGAGAUCUUACAGUUAGUUAAUCAGAGAGACCUACUGCUUGCCGACACGCACAUCCAGGAGCUUGAGAGGGAGUGUGAACUUGACCCCUCCUUCUUGACACAAACCACACCCACUUCAACCACACCCAGUAACAUAACUCCUCCCACACUCAUGUCGUCUCCCUGGCUCCCCCUGUUGGUUGGUUCAAGUAGUAAGGAUUCUGGCCCAAGCAUGUGGGAUGCUGGGCUGCGCAAAGUGAAAGAUGUUGAGCUGCUUUACGAGGCUCUUCAGAGAGAGAUGUGGGAUGUGGUGAGGGAGUCGCUACGUCAACCCUGCAGCGGGCCUCAGCUUGGCCUAGUGGUGCUGGUCAUUCAACAGGAAGAGCAGGCUGACAAGGUCUGGGCCCUGCGGCAAGAGGCCCAGUCCAACGUCCAAACUGGUGACCAAUCCGAAGACCAUUCCCGGCCUUCCAAGCGUCCCAGGAGACUGCGUCAAAGGUGGGUGGAGGCUGUGGGAGAGGCAGCUGACUGGUGUCUUCCACAACCAGGGGGCAUCGCUGCAGGACAGAUGGGCAUGUAUUUGGAGCGAUUGAGGGCCAGAGUGGUGGAGGAUAUGGAUGCGGCACGUCGGAAUGUGGUGGCGGUUUAUCCCGAGGAGUUUGGUGUGUUUCAGGUCUACAUGCAGAGUUAUCACAGGGCUGUUGCCAAACGACUGAAGACCAUCACUAGUGGACCCAUUCAGAUCACAGACACAUACUCACUGCUGGACUGGAUCUACAACAUUUACAACAGGUAUUUUUGCACAGAUACACAUAGACGUUGA